AUGGCAUCCCACGCCGCGAUGCUCUUGGACCCGAAGGGCUUCAAGAAACAGCUGCAGACCAAUGGCGCAUCGCAGGAUAAUUCAGACCGAUCAUCGCUCAGCUCUCCGUCUACGAUUGUUCCAGCAGGAACUAUUCCCCUCUCACGCUCACCUCACCCCAGUCACGCGCAUCCUUCAUCGAAGAUGGCCUCGACCUCGACAUUGCCACAGCGCGAUAUGAAACCACCCACAGCUUCGCAGAUGGAAAAAGCCAAGUCCGACUCAGAUAUAAAGGUGCAAUUCACGACUACAAACAAUGACGGAAAUGAGAGUGAGACGAAACGCAGUUACCACGAAAUCAGCGACAGCGAGGAUGGUGCGCGUCCUGGCUCUCUCAUCGAAGGCAUGUUUGAUGUGGAGCGCCGCAAGAACCAGCCCAUCAAGAAGAUCAAGACCGAUGAUCCUGCAGACGAGAAUACGUUAGCUCCUCAAAAAACAGUCGCGAUCUCUAGCAACUCGGGUCUUGGACAGUGGAUGAAAGAAGGCGAGGCCAGACCGGGCACCACUCCUACUCCCGGCCUGUCUGAUGUGGUGGACCUGACGGCAGACCUCUCAACAACAGCCCCGGAAGAUGACGACUUACAAGUCACAGGGUCGGUCAACCUCAGCACCCAGCGGGUCUGUUAUGGCAAGAUCGAUAAUGCUAUGAUCAAUGCAAGCCUGGUACCAAGACCACCGAACACCGCAUUCAUAGGCUCUUCGUACGACUGGCCGUCAAUGAAGCUGACCACACGACGUGUCUCGGGGCCUGGUUAUCGCAUUGACGUCGCGGACCCCCAUGGCAAAGUCUUCGGCAUGGUGGAUGCGAAGACUGCGCAUGCGCUGUGUCCUUUGCUAGAUUCUGAAACGGUCAACCUGGAGUUGAGUGCGCGUCUGGAUUUUCGAAAGAAGGUGCCAGGUGAAAUCAUCUGGAGCCCCACGUCCGGUAUCUACCGCGCUUCAAUAAAUCUCUAUGGUGAGCGACAGUCUGCGGAGAAGGUUGGCAAUUUCCUGGGCCACCAUAACGUUUGGCUGGGUACACCGAACUCCGUCGAACAGGGAAUCCCAGUCUUCAACCCUCAUGCGGAGAGACGACGUGCCAUGGCAGCGGCAGCUCAGUUGAACAACAACUCCGGGCGUGCACGCCAGGGCUCAGGGAUCAACUACGAGGUCCGCACAGCAGAAGAGGUCAACGAUGCCGUUAUGAAGAUGUUCGAUCAGCUUGUCAGUGCUGACAUCCCGACUAUGGAGCCGACACCUCAUAUCAAGACCCCCCUGCUUCACCAUCAGAAACAGGCCCUGUGGUUCAUGACGGAGAAGGAACAGCCACGGAAAUUCGGUCCCAAGGAAGAAGACAACAAUUCCCUGUGGCGAAUUGAGUACCAAGCCAACGGAAAGAAACGCUACCGAGAAAUAAUCAGCGGGAUCGUCAUGGAAGAAGAGCCGCCGCAGAUUUUUGGCGGAUUGCUGGCUGACAUGAUGGGUCUUGGGAAAACCCUCAGUGUCCUCUCGCUGGUCACGGCCUCCCUCUUUACAGAGGCUCGAGAGUGGGAACGUACGAUGCCGUCUCGUGAUCUCGUUCGGCGCUUCCCUGGGAUUCGCAACACCCGUACGACACUCUUGGUCGUUCCGUUAAGCACGGUCAGCAACUGGGUUUCCCAAAUCAAAGAACACCUGAAGCCAAAAUCGGUAUCCUAUUACGUCUUCCACGGCUCAUCCCGCACGAAUGAUGUGGAUGAGCUUUCCAAAUACGACCUUGUCAUCACCACUUACAGCAUUGUCCUCAGCGAGGUCUCUGGACGAGGAUCGAAGCGCGGAGUGAGCCCGCUGGCCAAGAUGAAUAUGUUCCGGAUUGUCUUGGAUGAAGCACAUAUCAUUCGUGAGCAGAGCGCCGCGCAGACCAAGGCAGUUCUAGGUCUGUGCUCCCAGCGUCGAUGGUCGGUCACCGGUACACCCAUCCAGAAUCGCCUGGAAGAUUUGCUGUCUGUCACCAAGUUCCUCAAUUUGUUCCCCUAUGACGACCGGUUUCGGUUCAGCCAGCACAUCCUGAGCCCCUUCAAGACUGGAGAUCCGACUGUCCUCGCCAGCUUGCGAGUUCUGGUGGAUUCGUUCACCCUGCGCCGGGUCAAAGACAAGAUCGACCUGCCUCCCCGCGAAGACAAGAUUAUCAGCCUUAGCUUCACGGAGAAGGAACAGCAGCUGCAUGAAUUCUUCCGCAACGAAUCCCAAGUAAUGAUGCGCGUGAUUGCAAACGAAACCAAAACCAAAAUGGGCGGCCGAGUGUAUCACCAUGUGUUGAAGGCCAUGAUGAUCCUGCGGCAGGUCAGCGCUCACGGUAAAGAACUGUUGGGCAUUGAGGACCGGGAGAGAAUCAAAGGACUGAGUGUGCAAGAUGCGAUUGACCUGGAAGAAGGUGCUAACGACAACACCGCUCUCGCCAGCGACAAGAAAGCGUACGACAUGUUCUUACUGAUGCGAGAGUCUUCAGGCGAUCAGUGUGCUCUGUGCAGCAAGCGCCUAGAGGAACCGCUGACCGCGUCUGGAGAAGUUAAUCGCAAGGCUCCAAUGGCGAUUUUUUUGCCUUGCUUCGACGUUUUAUGUCCCGAUUGCUUUUCGGCCUGGAAGCAGACCUUCGACACGCAGUCGGGCGCUGAUAUCAAGUGCCAGGUCUGUGACGGGUGGAUCCCGGUCUCCUACUCGACAAUCACCCCUGCUGGCCUGCAUCAUCAUAUUACCACUGAACAGCAGAGCCGCAAGCAGGGCAAGACUUUCGGAGAGUACGAGGGUCCCCAUACCAAGACCACCACGCUGGUAAAUCAUCUCCAGGACAUCGCGGCGGAAAGCGAAGCCUUGACAGACGAGCCCCCGAUCAAAAGCGUGGUCUUCUCCGCCUGGACCUCCCAUCUGGAUCUGAUUGAAGUUGCACUGCGCGACAACGGCAUGACAGGAUUUGUUCGACUCGACGGAACAAUGACCCUCGCAGCGCGCGGGAAAGCUCUCAGCGCCUUCGCCAAGGAUAACUCCAUCACCAUCCUCCUUGCCACCAUCGGCGCCGGGGGCGUCGGCCUCAAUCUCACAUCUGCCUCGCGGGUUUUCGUCAUGGAGCCUCAGUACAACCCAGCGUCAGUGGCCCAGGCCAUCGAUCGCGUCCACCGACUCGGCCAGAACCGCCUCGUGCGGACAUACCAAUUCAUCAUGAAGGGCAGUAUCGAAGAGAAGAUUCUCGAGCUGGCGAAGAAGAAGCAGCAGCUGGCUGAUAUGAGCAUGAAUCGCGGCAAGCUCGAUAAGCGGGAGGUCCAAGAACAGCGCAUGAGUGAAUAUCGCAGCCUGUUCAAGUAG